UUUUUUUUUUUUUUGGUAUAUUUGAUGCUCUGGAUUUCGGCAGUUGCUCCAAGCCUGGGGUUUUCCGGGUUGUGCCUUUUUUUUCUUAUCUUUGUGGGGGUAGCCCAGGAUGAGCUCCAGCUAGAUUGGCGUCGUGGUGCUGGGAUCGCAAACGAGGCUCGUGCAGAUACAGCCCACGAAGCGCAUUGGGACUGGGAUUGGAUUGGAUUGCGUCCGCAGAGAAGGGGAGAGAAGAGAAGAAAAGGGAGAGGAGGGGUAUACUACGAGGAAUGAGUGAAGACAGUGUUGGAGGGGGGAGUCGGAUGGAUGAUGCAGACGGAGCGGACUCUUAGCUCGAUGAUAAACAGCUGUAAGGAUGAAUUAUGGAUUCAGGUAAUAGCCAAAAUAAUGGAAAUGACCCCCCUCAUGUAAGUACGAAGUACCUUAAUCCGCAGCAUGGGUGCAUUCUACUCCGGAUUCUU